GUGCGUCACUCGGUUCGACAAGCUGGAGUCGGUUCCACGGUGCCCGACACUUAGUUUCCGCGCAGUACACAGCGCAGUCGGACGUACGGUCAUGCGAGAAGCGGGUGGCAGGAUGGCCGAGCUCGAGUUCGAAGCGCCGCUCGCGCAAAUAGAAGAGGCCGACGAUUGCCUCUCCACCGCGGACUACCCGCAAAAAACUAUCAAUGGCAACGACAUACACCUCAACAAUAUUAACAACAUUAAAAGUGAAAUGGUCAAAAUGAAAACCGACUCUAAUAAAAUAAACGAUAAUGAUGAACCAAAACCGGUGAAGUGUAAACAGGACAAUAUGCAAAAUAGUGAAGGAGACAAUUUCACGGAAACUUUCUCCGGAUCUUUGGAAGACUUGGUGAACACGUUCGACGAGAAGAUCACUAAGUGCUUCGGGAAUUACGAGGAGAGCGUGGAGAAACUGGCGCCGGUGCAGGUUCGCACGCAGGAGGAAAUCAUGAACGAAUGCCAAAUGUGGUGGACGAUCACCGGAAACUUUGGCAACAUAUUACCAAUUGACUGGACUAAAUCUUUCUCACGGAAGAUGCACAUCCCUACAUUGAAUUUGAGUGAUAAGAAGGGUUCAAUGACCCCCGACGACGAGAUCCACAGCUCGGAGGACGAGGCUGUCGCGUCAGACCUGGACAUGCACGCGUUGAUCUUGGGUGGGCUCCACCAGGACCAUGAGUGCCCUGUCAAAACUGCUGAUGAGGUGAUCCAAGAAAUAGACGAUAUGAUGCAAGACACCCCGUCAUCGGAAGGAGACAUUCUGGAGUACAACGAGGCUUUGGAGAAAGGCAAAGAAGUACUGAGUUCGCCUUUAUACGAAGACAAACUCCGCACUCUAUCCCUGGCCCAGCUAAACGAGAUCUUCAUGGAAUUAGAAGUAUUGAUCCGCGAGUUCUCCGAGACCCUGAUCGCGGAGCUGGCUCUACGAGACGAAUUGGAGUACGAGAAGGAAUUGAAGAACACGUUCAUAUCGCUCCUGCUGGCUGUGCAGAACAAGCGCCGCCAGUACCACAUCGAGAAGAAGAAGAGACCUGGACAGCCGCGCUCGCCCAACCUUAACAGCAGUAGUUCAGAGUCUAAGUAUUUGACGACCGUCAUACCAUUCCACCUGGACAACGGACCCCCGGACAACCAGUCGCUUCAAGUACUCAUUAAGAUUCUAAAGGCAAUCAAUGAAGACAGCCCCACAGUACCCACACUAUUAACAGAUUACAUCCUAAAGGUGCUGUGUCCAACAUAAACCAACUCCUACACAACUAGCUAAUUCAACAUAUUCAACAUUUCAACAUUUGCACAUUAUUGUACUACACAUACACCAUAAAUAUAUUCAAAUAAAUUCCUUAUAUUUAGGUCAUAUCAUAAAACCCUAUUUCCACAUAGUAAAGCGUAAUGCACAUACAUGUAGAAAAAAAACACUCAAAAUAUUUAAAAAUUUGAUGGCAUAGAUAAAUCAAUAUAAAUGUUCAUUUGUUUAAAUCAAAAUAUAUACACAUUAUUCGAUCAGACAAUUGAUAUUGUUACAAAAUUGCUUAUUAUUAACAAAUAAUAAUGUUUAUGUUGAAAUGUUUAAGUCGAUAUUGCCAUAACCAUUAUUUUUAUCGUUAUAAUUCAACUGUAAACAUAUUUUAAGUGUACCUAUUCAAUUAUAUUUUAUUGUAUAUUAUUUGCAUAAAUGAACUGUGAUAUAAUUACGGUAGUUGAUUAAUGAAUGCUUCCUUUAAAGUUAACACUUUUUUUUGUUAUUUAUAUUCGCUUUAGGAACGGUCACGCGGAAAUCUGGAAUGAAUGAUACGCAAAUGAAAUAGUGUUGAUUGCUUCAUAAGUCUAGAUUGAGAUAAACUGGUCACGUGUCAUCGUUUCUUGAGUGGAAUAUUUUAUUCGGAAAUCAAUAUUAUUCCUAUUGAAUCAAUUGUCUCAUGAUCAAUGUGAAUUUGAGCAUUAUUGUACAUAUUUUAAAAAAGUAUAUUUCGAAUGGAAUUGUCGUCUGAUUAUUUAAAUUAAGGUAAGCGACAAAGGUUGAAGAGGCUUGUAAAUAAUUGUAAAAUCCGCUUAAACGUUUUAGCUUAGUUAUUUUAACAGAAUUUUCUUGUCACGUUUUUUUAUUUUAAGAUGAACAUCGAAUACAUUUUUGUUAUACUUAUUUUAAUUUUUAGAUAUUUUAGCGUAGCAUCGUAGCUUAGUGAAGCGCCCGAGGUAAAUCAGCUAAUGUCUAUUGAUAUUCCAGUAAUCAUGAUACUAAUAGUUAAAUAUAGUUGUAAAACAAUCAUAGGUUUUAAGUAUAUCUCUAGUCUCAACAUUUCGUAGUCAUAAUUUUGUUAUUAACUUUAAUGUCGGGAUAUUAUGCAAAACAUUAUAAUCUACAUGGCAUGUGUAAAGUGAAAUUGUUGUUGUGAUUCAGAGAACAUUUAUAUUCAGUUCGCAAAUAUAUAUUGUGGAUGCUUUAAUCGCACAUUUUGAAAUUUACUUAGUGAGACACCAUAUUUGUUGUGCAAGCGUGUUACGUGUAAUGGAACGCGAUGUGGUACCUAAUGAGGAUAUUGAAGCUGCUCUUGUGUGUUUAAAAAUGUUUUGAAAAUUGUAUAAUAUUUUUCAAUUAAAUAAGCAACGGCAUUAAAAUUUUAAUUUAUUUAUGACCUCACCGUACGGAUCAAUUUUGUAAUUGCGUAUGUGUGUUGUUCGAUAACUUUUAAGAAUUUAAAUCUAUAUUUUAAUUACGUACGUAUAUAUUUGUCUUAUAAAUGAGCAAUACUCCGUUCAGUAAUUUUGCCUACAAUUUAUAUAGGAGUAAUCUCUACAGUAAAACGAUAAUGGACGGGAGUGCGUUUACAUUUUAAGAUUUUAAAAUGUCAUCAAAAUAUAAUUUAAAUGUAGGCAACACAAAAUAACCGUUGGAAAUUUUGAAUUUAAAAAUCAAUGAAAACAUCUUGCUAUGUCGCUUGAGGUGAUUGUUGUGAUGCAAUUAAGAGCGGCUGUGUGGUACCUGGUGAGAAAUAAAGGAGCUUGAGAAAAAAAA